GUCUGUAACUUCCCCUCCUCAACUUCUGUCACCAGCAAAUGGGACUCUCGUCAAGAAUGGGUCCUGCGUGGCCCCUGGGGAAUGCCGAAGAGAUGUUUACUCCCUGACCUACGGCCCCGACUUGAGUCUCUGGAUCAGCACAGCCUGUUGUGAAAACAGUUGUAGCGGGUUUACCCGACAAGAAGUGAGACCCGAAGCUCAGCCCAACGGGGUGAAGUGUUCCUCCUCUUCUGGGAAUAAGUUGGCCCCAUGUGACUCCCUUCCGGUCAUGAACUGCACCGGGAACGAGACUGUGUGUUUCACUCUCAGUGGGACGUGGCGUGGAGAGGGCCCCCAAAUCCUGAAGGGCUGUGCUACACCAGAGGUCUGCCACCUGCAAGCGAACACCACCCUGGGCCCGGAAGCGACUGGAUUUCAUCUCACUGCCAAGCCUGAAUGCAACCACGUGGCUCCUACCACCCACCCAGGUCCCCAUGUACCUGUGACCCAUACCAAGGCUAAGGUCACCGUCUGUUUCACCUGCUCAGACCUCCACCAUUGCAACCCUCUCCCCUGCACGGAAGAUAGGAACUACUGCCUUCAGAUAGCGGGCAUCACAGGUGGGUGUCCCUGUGGACAGGAUUGGGCAGGAGAGGAAGAAAUGGGACCUGAGACACCCAAGACCUCUCCUUGCCCUCCUGUGUUUGCUGCCUUGACUCCAGCCAUGGUAGCCCUUUUCUGGCCAUGGAGGACAGAAGCUGGUGGCAGUGGAGGAUGUGAGCUUAAAAUCCGAUGUCACGUUUGUCAUAGUUAUUCCUGAGUAACCAAGCAGCUCAAGAUGUAGAGGCUGAACCAGGCACAAAGGACAAAUAGUGUAUAAUUCCAUCUACAGGAGGUAGCUACAGUAGCCAAAAUCAUGGAAAAAGAAAGUAGAAUGGUGGUAGUUUCAGUUUUGCAAAAUGAAAAAUUUCUAGAGAUCUAUCAUACCACAAUGUGGAUAUUAUUAACAGUACUGAAGUGUACACUUAAAAGUGGUUAAGAAAGUAAAUGUUAUAUUAUGUAUUUUUUACUACAGUGAUAAAAAAAAAAACUUUGUGACUUAAAACAGCGAUGAU